AUGAUCGCACACCAAACAACACAAGAUAAUUGUUUACAUUUCCCAAGAAGUUCAACAUCAACAACGAUGAUGAUUGAAUCUCAUUCACAAUUAUCGACUAGCAGCGAGAUGAAACCAACAAAGGGACAAAUCAAUGCAUCAAGUGAAACAUUACCUAAAUAUCCUGUACAAUUUACAGCUGAAGAUUUACGUACACAUCUUGAGCCAAUUAUUCAAAAAAUGAUUGUCUGUGAAGAUUCAUAUCCAUUUCGUCAACCGAUCGAUGCUAUGACAAUAAUAACUAAACAUCCAAUGGAUAUUUCAACCAUGCAUAAUAAAUUAUUACAUGGAGAAUAUAAAAAUCCAUUAGAAUUCUGUGAUGAUGCAUGGCUUAUGUUUAAUAAUGCAUGGCUUUAUAAUAAAAAAACAACACCUAUCUAUACAAUGUGUACAAACCUUGCGAAACUAUUUGUCGAAUAUUUUGAUCCUAUUAUUCAAGCAUUAGGUUAUUGUUGUAGUCGUCAAUAUGUAUAUUUACCAAAAGUUAUGUUAUGUUAUGGAAAGAAACAAUGUUGCAGAAUCUCACGCGAUGAUAAUUAUUAUUAUUAUGAUAAUCCUGAACCAUCACGAUUUAAUCUAUCCAAUGAUAUAUAUACAUUUUGUGCUGAAUGUUUUCAUUCAAUUAAAUGUGAAUCAAUAUUGGUCGGUGAUGAUCCAACUCAAACAUUAGUUGAAAUACCAAAGACAUUAUUUAUAUCAGCUAAAAAUGAUAUACAAGAACCUGAAAUCAUGAUUGAGUGUAUUGUUUGUACACGUCGUUGGCAUCAGAUAUGUGCAUUACAUUUAAAUGAAAUAUGGCCUGAAGGUUUUAUAUGUAAUACAUGUCUACGUCAAUAUAAUAUAAAACGUAAAGAAAAUUCUUAUAUAGCACAAAAAUUAACAGUAACUGACUUAUCAUCUCAAUUAGAACAACGUGUUAAUACAUUUUUAUUUGAUAAAAAUUGUUAUGAAAGUCGUGUUACAAUUCGUGUAUUAGCUUCUAGUGAUAACAUAUGUAAAGUAAAACCACAAUUAAAAAAAUAUUAUCCAAAUCAAGUAACAGAUGAUGGUUAUCCGUAUCGAACAAAAGCGAUAUUUGCUUUUCAAGAAAUUGAAGGUGUUGAUGUUGUUUUCUUUGGUAUGUAUGUACAAGAAUAUGAUGAACAUUGUCCUGCACCAAAUACACGUCGUGUAUAUAUAUCAUAUUUGGAUACAGUACAUUUUUUUCGACCGAAACUUUAUCGUCAAGAUGUUUAUCAUGAAAUUGUAAUUGGCUAUUUGGAUUAUGCUAAACAACUUGGAUAUAUGUAUGCUCAUAUAUGGGCUUGUCCUGCAAGUGAAAAUGUGGAUGGUAUAUUUUAUUGUCAUCCACCUGAACAAGAUUUGUCGAAGCCAAAAUGGCUACAAGAUUGGUGUAAAAAGAUGCUCGAUAGAGCCAUUGUAGAACACAUUGUUAUUGAUUAUAAGGAUAUUAUGCAAGAUAGCCUAGAUAAUCAAGUGCAAUCAGUUCUUGAAAUUCCAUAUUUCGAUGGUGAUUUUUGGCCGAUUACUAUUGAAGAAACUAUUGAAAAACUUGGUCAAGAAGAAGAUCGAAGAAAACAAGAGGUUGAAACAGCACAAGCUAUGGAAGAUGAAGACUUUGAUGAUUCUAUUGACCCAGAAGAACCAACAGAAAUUUCUGGUAAACGUAAAUCUGCAAAUACAUAUGAAAAGAAAAAUUUGAAGAAAAUGGCAAAUCAACAAAAACUAGCAAAAAAUCAAAUGGCAAAUUGUACUAAUUUACUAUCUAUAAUAUUUUCAACUAUGGAAACAUAUAAAGAGGCAUUUUUUGUUAUUCGUCUUAAUAAUCAAAUAAAAUCCUAUCCAGCAGUCAAUGAUACUGAUGCUCGAAUUCAAUGUAAUCUAAUGGACACGCGAGAUGUAUUUUUAAAUUUUGCUUAUAAUAAUAAUUAUGAAUUUUCUUCAUUACGUCGUGCAAAAUUUUCAACAAUGGUUUUAUUAUAUGAAUUACAUGUAUCAACUACAGAGAAAUUUACAUAUAAUUGUAACAGAUGCCAACAACUAUGUGAUAUUUGUUAUUACUGUACAGUAUCUGAAGAUUUUGAUUUAUGUGAAAAAUUUUAUAACAUGCAACUCAAGCAUGAACCAAAUUCAUUAAACAAUAAUUAUAAAUCUAUAGCAAGUUCACAAUUACAACAAAUACAAUCAGUGCAACAUUGUAUUGAAGCUUUAUUACAUGCAAUUAAUUGUUGUACGGUGAACUGUGUUAAUCGUAGUUGUUUUCGUUAUAAACAUAUUUUACAACAUACAAAAGAUUGUAAAGAAAAAAAUCGUCAAUGUAAUGUAUGCAAACAAGUUAUUUUUCUUUGUCGAUAUCAUGCUAAAAGUUGUAUGGAUCAAAAUUGUCAAGUACCAUGUUGUACUUAUUUGAAAUCUGAAAUACAAAAACAACGAGUAACUUGUUUACAAACAGAUCGACGUUGUAUGGAAGUUAUGAUGAUGUAA